AUCUUUGCAUUAAAUUAAAUUGCUCUUGUGUUGUGUGGAGUGUUUGUCAAUACCUGUUUUUCCUCAAAAAAACCAAACAGCCCAUGUCCAUAUCCAUACCUCUACGGCCUGGAAAACUCUUGCAAACAGCCAUGCAUGAGCUCGAAACUGGGUCACCCUCGAAAUCCCACAAACGCAGAUGGAGGUUGGCUUUCAUGGCCAUAUCCUUCACUAGGGCUCUUCGUUUCCUAGCCAAGAACGUUCAUGAAAACAAAGCAAUCCUUUUGCGCUCCCUAUCCUACGUCGCCAUUGACGUCCAGCCCUCAGCCGACGCCGAUGACAAGCCUGCUGGUAAUGUUGAUCCGAAAGAUCUUGCUGAUAUUGUUAGGGCUAAGAACCUUGGCGCUCUCAUGAGUCAAUAUGGAGGACUUGAAAGAUUAGUUAAAACUCUUGAAACUGAUGUCAAGAACGGUAUUAAUAGUACUGAGUCUGAUUUGAUGCGUAGAAAGAAUAUCUUCGGAGCCAAUGAAUACCAAAAGCAGCCUGUAAAAGGGUUUCUGCCUUCGGUUUUUGAUGCACUCCUGAAAAUAGUUAUUAUCGUAGUCUUGGGUAUGAAACAACCCGGCUCGCAAGAUCAAGGGUGGUUCGAUGUUGAUGGAAUGUCUAUUAUUUUGGUGGUCUCUAUCCUUCUUGCUUUCUCCGCUGCAUCAAACUUUAGACGCUCUAGAGCACUUGCUCAAAAGCUCUCCCGGAAUAGUAGCAGUAGCAGUGACAUGAGCGUGAAUGUGACCAGAAAUGGACAAGCUCUGACCAUAUCCAUCUUUGAUGUUGUGGUGGGUGAUGUCGUCAACUUAAAGAUUGGUGACCAGAUUCCGGCUGAUGGGUUGUUCUCGGAAGGCCACUCGUUGAAGGUGGAUGAAUCAUGUUUGACCGGGGAAAGCGAUCAUGUCGAGAUCAAUGCCGCCAGCAAUCCCUUUAUGUUAUCAGGCACAAAGGUGGUGGGUGGGGCUGGAACCAUGGUUGUGACUUCUGUGGGCAUGAACACGGCUUGGGGAGAAAAAAUGAGCUCGGUUGUCUUAUGCGGAGACGAUGAUGAGGUGACUCCUUUGCAAACACGGCUCAAACAGUUGACAUCUUUUAUUCAAAAGGUUGGUCUGUAUGUGACUGCUCUCAUUCUCGUUAGUUCGAUGGUCUGCUAUAUCAUAAGGCACAAAACCGUUGAAAAUGGAUGUGGGCAGAAGGAAUACGGUGUUGGCAGCAGCAAGAAUAAGUUUGAUGAUGUGAUCAAUUCUGUUGUAGGAAUCGUUGCAGCAGCAAUGGCAAUCAUUGUGGUGGGAAUUCCUGAUGGUCUUCAUCUUGCUGUUACUCUUACUGAAGUUUAUUCGAUGAGAAGAAUGAUGAAAGAUUACGCAGUGGUUCGAAAUCUCACUGCUUGCGAGACCAUGGGAUCAACUACAAUGGUCUGUAUUACUCUGAAUGAGAUGAAGGUUACAGAGGUUUGGCUAGGCAAAGAACCUUUAUAUGAGGAUGGUACUAUCAUCAGCUUACUGCGAGAGUCGAUUGGUUUAAACACCGCCGGUGGUGUUUAUAAACCAACUCCAGACACUACUCCUGAGAAAUCUGGAAGCCCAAUCGAUAAAGCAAUGAUGUCAUGGGCUGUUUUCAGCUUGGGAUUGGAUAUUGAUGAACUUAAGGCGCGAUGCGAGAUAAUCCAAGUAGAGGCCUCCAAUUCAGAGAAAAAGAUGAGUGGAGUUUUAUUUAGGAGAAAGCACAAAAGGACUCUUCAUGAAUGUCACUGGAAGGGAGCUGCUGAAAUUGUCCUCGCCAAGUGCUCAAAUUAUUAUGACAGAGAUGGAGUCAUUAGACCGAUUAAUAAAGAAGAAAGAAAAUGCAUUGAAACAAACAUCCAGAACAUGGCUGCCAAAGGCUUGAGAUGCAUUGCCUUUGCCCAUAAAAAGAUUGAAAGAGAACAAGGACAGAUUAAUAGUGAGAAAAUGGAGGAAAGUGGACUUACUUUACUCGCUUUAGCGGGUCUAACGAACCCAUGCGGGCCAGGAGUUAAGGUAGUCGUGGACACUUGCAUUGCUGCUGGUGUAGGGAUCAAAAUGGUAACAGAUGAUGACAAUGUGCACACAGCACGAGCUAUGGCAGUUGAAUGUGGGAUUUUAAAACCCGAGCAUGACGAUGUUUUGGAAAGUAGAGAAGCUGUAAUUGAAGGGGUGCAAUUCAGGAAUUUAUCACCGGAAGAGGAAAAAAGGAAAGUUGAAAAAAUUCGUGUGAUGGCUAGAUCAUCCCCGUUUGACAAGCGUCUAAUGGUGGAGUCUUUGAAACGAAAAAGCGAUCCUCAUGUGGUAGCAUUCAUUGGAGAUGGAAGGAAUGAUGCCCCAGCACUCAAGGAAGCUCAUGUUGGGAUUUCCAUGGGAUUAUUUCAGGGCCCCGAAGUUGCAAAUGAGAUCUCUGAUAUACUUAUCUUGAAUGAUAACAUUAAUUCAGUGGUGACCAUUUUGAAAUGGGGAAGGUGCGUAUACGAAAACAUUCAGAAAUUUAUCCAAUUUCUGCUCACUAUGAAUCUUGCUGCUCUCAUCUUCACCUUUGUUGUCUCAUUGUCUCACGAUAAAGUCCCAUUGACUGCUGUCCAGCUUUUGUGGGUGAACCUUAUCAUGGACAUAUUUGCAGCUUUAGCAUUAGCCACUGAGAAACCAGCCAAAGAGCUCAUGAAGAAGCCGCCGGUGGGUCGAAAGGAGCCUCUCAUUACCAGAAUCAUGUGGAGAAAUCUCAUUGCGCAUGCCUUGUUUCAGGUGACUGUUUUGGUGACUUUACAAUUCAAGGGAAGAUCCAUCUUUGGUGUGAAUGAAAAGGUCAAAAACGCACUCAUAUUCAACACUUUUGUUCAAUGCCAAGUCUUCAACGAAUUCAACGCAAGGAAACUGGAAACGAAGAAUAUAUUUAAGGGAAUACGCAAGAACAGGCUAUUUUUGGGUAUAGUUGGAAUUACCAUACUUUUUCAAGUGCUGACGAUGGAGUUUCUGAACAAGUUCGCUAGUAAUGAGAGGUUGAAUUGGGGGCAAUGGGGUGCUAGUGUUGGCAUUGCAACUUUGUCUUGGCCAAUCGGUUGGAUUGUCAAGUGCAUUCCAGUUUCUGGAAACCGGGUCAUGACGAGAUACCAAGACUUGCUAGCCAAGAAAUUCUAAUGCUACGUACGUACAUUAAUUAAAUCGGGUUAUAUAAAUAAUAAUGUGGCUGUAUAUAAUAAUAUAUUUUAGUUUUGGAUUAUGUAGUGUCUGUACACACAUUAUCAUUACUAAGAAAAAAGAUGUAAUAUGUAUCAUGUACUGAUGAUUUUGAAUCUGUACUAAAUAGGAAAUAAACAAUAAAAUAAAGCCUCCAUUCACACU